GAUACAAAUUAAUUUUGCAAGUACCGAAACUGGAAAUAACGAAUGAAAAACUAUGGAAGUGAGAGAAACUACGCGCACAUCCUCUUCUUCGCAGGAAUCCGAUCUGCUUGACCGGAGCGUCAGGAAGAUCAAGAAUGAUUUUGCACGCCCAGAUAUCGGCGCUACCGUAACUCUGCCUUCUGAUAUCAAUAUGUCAGAACAACAGUCUUCAGCAUUUAAGAGUGCCUUGUUGGCUGCUCCGACGAUACUCUCUGAUGAAACUUCCGGCCAGAAGGGAGUUGCCUCUUACAAAGACAAGCUGCUGGUUGCGGAAAAUCCUAUUGCUCUUACAUUCUCUACGGUGCCGGAGUAUAUGGAAGAAGACUCUGAUACGGAUGAUGACCCAGAUGAUGACACACCCGUCGUUCUGCUCUCCAAAGCAGAGAAACAGAGGAUUCGUGCUCCUUGGAUGAACGCCUUGAUUAUAAAGGCUUUCUACCAUAAGCCACUCGGCUACAGCUUUAUAUAUCCAAGGGUAAAAGCUCAAUGGAAACCUAAUGGACAAUGGGACUUUAUCGAUCUUGGAUUAGAUUUUUUUCUGGUGCGGUUUCAUGAUGAUGCGGAUUUACAUAAGAUCAUCUUUGGAGGGCCAUGGUUCGUGGGACCUUAUUUCUUGACCAUGAGAAGAUGGGAGCCAAACUUCAUCCCAUCUGAAGCUCUACACUCAUUUACUACCACGGCUGUCUGGGCCCAGCUGCCUAACCUCUCAGCGGAUUACUAUGAUCCUAUCACCUUGCAGAAAAUUGGGAAUCAAGUUGGCACUCUCCUACGGGUAGAUGCACAUACAGCCCAUCAUACAAGAGGACAAUACGCACGUAUAUGUGUCCAAGUAGAUCUGUCCAAACCGGUGGUGAAAAAGGUAAGGAUUGGGAGGCAUAAACAAAAAGUUUUGUAUGAAGGUGUCAAUGCCCUCUGUUUUUCAUGUGGGCGCUUGGGCCAUAGAAGCACUCAAUGUACCCAUAACUUGUCUUCUCAAGUCAAUGAGGCUAAUUCAAAACAGCAAUUGGAACAGGAAGCAAAUGCCUUAAACUCUUCUGAGUCAACCAAAUUUGGAGAUUCUUCUCAAAUGCAGCAAGAUCCUAUACCUACCCCUGUUUCGAUCAAAGGUAACCAGGAAAGGGGUAAGAACACCAUUGACUUACCAGCUGCUGAGGAACAUGAACAGAAGGAUUUCGGACCAUGGCUUCUAGUUGAACGACGACGUCCUCGUCGGAAAGUAUCCUCCUCAGUGGAAACUCCAGAAAAACAGGCUGCCGGAAUCCGCCAUAGCAAGGAGAACCGUAGUGGAAAUGUCCUCACCCGAAAACCCGGGUCGGGUGCCCGAAAUCCUUCUAGUGCAAACCACAACGGUAACACUGCUACAACAUUUAAUGCAAGUCAGAAACCCAACGGACAACUUGCAACGGCACAAGAGAAUGAACCUCUGAAUUCAAAUGGGAAGCAAACAGUUAGUCUAUCUAAGGCCAACAAUAAGAACCAGAUUUGGGAGCCUAAAAAGAUUACGGCACUGCCACUUGAGCCAUCUGUACCUUACAUAAACCCACAGAACAAACCCUUGCAGGGGAACAGUAUUAAGCCCGAUGUGGGCCACAGAUCUUCUUAUUUGACCUCAAACCAAAAUGAGAUUGCAUCACCUUUGUUAGCCCAAAAAGACAUCCAAACUAUGUGCACGGCUUUGGUGAAGCCCACCCCUUGUACCACUCCUUCGGAUAUUGCCUCGAUUUCCCACAAAUCACAGCAUCCUCCUACCUUAUCCUCAAACCACCCCUUCUUCUCUAUUAAGGCUCUCGGAUCUUCUACUGAUGGAGAACCCAUUCCAGGAGUUAGUCACAAAUCCAAGGAUCCAGGUGGUUCUAGCAAGCAAUGGAGAGUUUCUGCCGCUGGAGACAGCAAUGUUCUUUCUACAACAACCGGACUUCCUGGGGCCUCAACCAUGGAGCGAACAUCGGAUAAUGCGAGCAUGGCGAAGCCCGCUAGUCUUAAAAAAAGAGUUGAAUCCCCAGGAUUUCAUCCACUUGUUGCAGAGUCCAACUCUGGAAACGCCAACGGGGUCAGAUCUACUCUCCGUUUGGGACUUAAAUUUCAGCGCAGGAAGCACCUCAAUAGGCAGAAUGGUUGGCCUUAUCAAACCACACAAGCUGGUCUUUCCCUUGAACCACCCAUAUUGCAGCUGCCUGCACUUGAUGGGCUCAAUGAAAAUGGUAUCCCUGUUCACCCGAAUCCUCCCACAUCCCCAAAUCCAGAGGGAGAUGGAGUACGAGAUCACAGUGUUACCGUUCCAUUUUCCGAAUGCCCAGAUGCUUGGAAUUGCCGCGGAGCGGCCAAUCAGAAUUUUAUGCGCCAUAUCAGGGAUUUAAAGAACACUCAUGCUCCGGUAAUGAUGCUAAUUUUGGAAACCAAAGUUGCGGGUGAGCGUGCUUCCCAAUUAGCUUCUGGGUUAUAUCCAAAGUACCACAUUGUGGAUGCAGAGGGAUAUGCUGGGGGUUUAUGGCUUCUUUGGGAUGACAACCAGAUUGUGGUGGAAGUAAUAGCGACCAGCUCACAAGCUAUUCAUACAACUGUUAAGGUACGCAAUCAUUCUUCUCCUUCUAUUUCUAAUGUUAAUUGGUUUUUUACUGGGGUGUAUGGCCGCCCACAAUUCGAUAUUAGAACCCAACUUUGGCAGGAACUUCUUAACAUGUCAGAGCAUUUUAAGGGUCCUUGGAUUAUUGCCGGAGACUUUAAUGAUGUUUUAUUCCAAUCCGAGAAAUUUGGGGGCUCCCCUGUUAAUCAAUCUCGAAUUGAGGCAUAUUCUUCUUGUAUGAAUGGAUGUAAUAUGAUGGAUCUUGGAUUCACUGGUGGGUGCUUCACUUGGGUUAACAUGCAAUUCAACGGUCAUAUUAUUCGUGAACGCUUGGAUAGGGUCUGGAGUAACCCUGAGUGGAGAAUCUCCUUUCCACAAGCUACUGUUUUUCACCUUCCCAGAGUUCAUUCUGAUCAUAAUCCUAUACUCUUAGAUCUUAACCCCGCACGUUUGGCUAUUGGGAAACGACCCUUUCGAUUGGAGAAAUUUUGGAUUGACCACCCAGAAUUUCAGAGCUUGGUGCAAGGAGUAUGGCAACCAAGCGAGCUUUCUACAAGUCAAUGUAUCUCCAAUAUGAUGAGCAGAGCUAAGUCCUGGAGUAAAGCCACCUUUGGGAACUUGUUCAAGCGAAAAAAGAAAAUUCUUGCUCGAUUGGAGGGUAUUCACAAAUACCUAUCCCUUCGACAUAGUGUUUUCCAUUCUCGCCUGGAAAAAGAUCUAGCUCUUGAAUACGCAGAUAUCUUGAAACUUGAGGAGGACCUCUGGUUUAUGAAGUCUAGAACUAAUUGGCUUCUAGAAGGUGACAGAAAUACUAGAUUCUUUCAUGUGUCCACUAUCAAACAUCGUUCCCACAACAAAAUUUUGGGUCUCAAAAACUCGGUUGGGGAAUGGGUUUGGGAUUUACAUUCCAUCAGUACAAUAUGCAAUGAUUAUUUUCAGCAGUUGUUUUCUACAUCUAUGCCCCACUCUUACUCUGACUCUUAUCAGCUUGCCCAGUUUGAAUGGGAUUCUUCUCAACUGCAAUUAUCUAGCUUGGCCCAUCCUCCCACUAUGGAUGAGAUUUGGAGGGCUCUUAACAGCAUGAAACCCUUUAAGGCUCCAGGACCGGAUGGGGUUCAUCCUUUUUUCUAUCAGAAACUUUGGGAUCACACUAGAUCCAAAGUUUGUAUUGACAUUUUGCAAGCUUUUUCCACUAGUACUGUGCCUCUUGGGUGGAAUAACUGCCUUCUUGUGCUGAUCCCUAAGGUUGAGAACCCGGAAUCUAUCACGCAGUUUCGUCCCAUUGGUCUAUGUAAUACUUCAUAUAAGAUCAUUUCGAAGCUGCUUGUCAACAGAAUCAAGCCAUUACUUGACACCAUUAUUUCUCCUUGUCAAGCUAGUUUUAUUCCGGGCCGGAAGGGUACGGAUAAUGUUAUUAUCCUCCAAGAGCUAAUUCAUUCCUUUAACAAGAAAACUGGACGCACUGGGGACAUGAUUAUCAAGAUUGAUUUAGAGAAAGCGUCUGGCCAAAAGAUUAAUCCAUCCAAGUCUGGUAUUUUCUUCUCUAGAAAUGUGGAGUAUAAUGCUAGAGAAGAGCUUUGUAGUAUCCUAGAUCUUCCUCAAACAGAGAACUUAGGGAAAUAUUUGGGGAUCCCUCUUUCUCCUAAGAAGCUUAAGAAGCAAGAUUGCAACUUCAUAUUAGACAAGGUCCGUGCGAAGCUAGAUGGUUGGAAGACAAAAUUCUUCUCAAUGGCUGGAAGGAGAAUUUUGGCCUCUUCCGUUCUAGCCUCCAUUCCUAACUUUUAUAUGCAGUCUUUUAUGCUUCCUGCUUCCACUCUUUCUCAAUUGGACAAGAUCACUCGUGACUUUCUUUGGGGAUCGGACUUGCUAAAGAGAAAGAUACAUAUGGUUGCCUGGGAUACAGUGACUCUCCCUAAGUCUCUUGGAGGACUUGGCCUGAAAAGUGCCAAGGAAGCUAACCUAGUUGCAAUGGCCAAGCUGAAUUGGAGAUUAUUCUCAGAAAGAGACAAACUUUGGUGCCAGAUAAUCGCUUCAAAAUAUGGAAUUGGGACACAGCCCUCCUCCCUUCCUAGGAAUGGUUCCCCAAUGCUUAAUAACAUUAGAAAGGGUAGUGAAUUAUUCCAAAAAGGUAUUAAAUGGGUGCCUUAUAAUGGGCGAUCCAUUUCCUUUUGGAAUGAUUGCUGGGUUAUGGAUGCCCCCCUCAGCAACCUGUUAUCCGGACCUAUCUCUUCACAAGACAGGCAGCUCACCGUUGCUGAUGCUUUCGUUAACGGAAGGUUUCAACCCAACAACAUCUCCUAUCCUAUUCAAGAGGAUUUAGUGAGAAUCAUCUCAGCUACCCCGACUGCCAUUACUUCUUCCAGCACUGACUCUUUUUGCUGGAAAGGAUCAUCUGAUGGCUCUUUUUCAUCAACUUCUGCGUAUAACCUUGCUAAAGGUCUUCACCACUCACCCAAAGGAGACUGGAAAUGGAUAUGGAAAAUCCAAACCCUUCCCAAGAUCCAACAGUUCAUAUGGCUGUUAUCUCAUGAACGCCUCAAAACCCUUGGGUUCCUUCAUGAGUUGGGGAUUGUUGAGUCACCCACUUGCCCUUUAUGCUUUUCUGCAGUGGAAUCUUGUUCCCAUUUGUUUAGAAAUUGUCCAUCUGUGCGUGUUUUAUGGGAAUAUUUUUUUCCUGGGGAUAAUAGUUUUGAGGAGGAUUCACCUCUCUUUUUAUGGCUCCAAAGGAAUUGUUCUAAGACUACCCCUAGCCCUUCUAUUACUGUCCAAUGGGGAACUCUUUUCUCCUUUGUCAUCUGGAUCAUUUGGCUGCAGAGGAAUGAGAAAAUUUAUCGGCCACAGAGUUAUGACCCCAACCGGGCAAAAAUCUUAAUUAAAGAAAGGGCAAUGGAGUUUAUCUCCACUUCUCCCUAUCCUACAACUGUUAAUAGCUCCUUGGUUAGCAACAAUAUCAAAUGGGACAAACCCCCUGAGGGUUAUUUCAAGUUAAACACAGAUGGCUCUUCAUUGAGAACUUCUGGGGCUGCUGCUUGCGGUGGAUUGAUUAGGAACUCAUUGGGUAGAUGGGUGGUGGGUUUUGCCAGAAAUAUAGGCAUUACCUCCGCUCUUGGUGCUGAAUUUUGGGGUGUUCGAGAUGGCCUGAUUAUGGCAAGGAACUGGGGUAUUCAAAACAUUAUUGUAGAGAUGGAUUCCCUGAUUGUCUUUAAGUUACUUUCUAAUUAUGAUUCUGUUAAUCAUCCAUUUCAUACCAUGAUUUUGGAAUGUAGGGAACUGAUGGCUCAAAUCCCUCACGUUCGUCUUCGUCACAUAUUCAGAGAGGCUAAUCAGUGUGCUGAUCAUUUAGCUGCUAUAGGCCAUACUAUUACGGCGUUUGCUUGUUUUGUUAAUUGCCCGCAGGGCCUUGGUUUGUAUUUGGACGCUGAUGUAAGGGGAAUAGGCUUUCCCCGGACCUGACUGUAUCUGUGUUUUGAUAUAUAUAUUUCCAUAUUUCCACCAAAAAAAAAAAAAAA